CUGGUGGGUGUGGGAUGGGGACUCUUAUUCUGAAAUGUAUGUGGGCGCUAGAGUGAUAGCGGAAGUGCGUGCCGCUAGUCGCUGCAGUUCAGGCGGAUCCCGUCAGUGUCUGAUCACAAACUUUCUGUCAAAUCCGAAAAACACCCGAAACCCGGUGACAUGGGGGAUAAGGAGUUGAUGUGGGCCCUGAAGAAUGGAGAUCUGGAUGAAGUGAAGGCUCUGCUGGUGAAGGCGGAGGAUGUGAACAGGACUCUGGAAGGAGGACGCAAGCCGCUUCAUUACGCUGCAGACUGCGGUCAGGCCGAGAUGCUGGAGUUCCUGCUGUCUAAAGGAGCCGAUGUGAACGCUCCAGAUAAACACGGCAUCACUCCGCUGCUGUCUGCUACUUACGAGGGUCAUGUGACCUGCGUCAAGAUUCUUCUAGAAAAGGGUGCUGAUAAGGAUCGGAAAGGUCCGGAUGGUCUCAGUGCCUUCGAGGCGGCCGAGAGCGAUGCUAUUAAAGCUCUUCUGAAGUGAGUCGGACGCUGCCGGCGGCGGAGAGGGUCUGACCACAACCACUGGAUCCAGCAAAAAAACACACACACACACACACACCUCUCUGUCUCCGCCCACUGGCUGCUGCAGCUCCUCUAGGUUUCCUUUUGUUUUCCUCCAUGACCGUUUUGUUUUAUUUGGGGGAGGAGCUUAAUUUCCCCUCUAGUUGAUCAGAGUCAGCCAUUGGCUGAUGGACCUGUCACUCAUGCCUCCCAUAAGGACCAAUGGGAAGUCCUGUCUAACACCACUAAACACGGACUUUAGAGUUCAGACUACAGCGAGUGUAUGAUGACGGUGAUUAUGAUAACGUGUACAUUUAUUUCUCAGACUGUUAAUUAGGAACGAGUGGUUUGUGUAGUUCAUAGAGCUGAUGAGUUUCCCUGCACUCCAGUGUCCCUGCUUCAGCUCACAUCAGAAGAACAAAUAUUACAGACGCUCGAAUCGUUCUGCUGACGCUCACGUUUGCUUUUGUGCCCCUUUGAAUUUGUGUUGUGCUGAAACUAAAAGAAUCGUCAGCUGCUGUGCGCUUGUAGAGUGUUAAACAGGUUCUCUCUCUCUCCCUCUCUCUCUCUCUCUCUCUCUCUCUCUGUCUCUCUCUCUCUCUCUCUCUCUCUCUGUCUCUCCCUCUCUCUCUCUCUCUGUCUCUCCCUCUCUCUCUCUCUCUGUCUCUCUCUCUCUCUCUCUCUCUCUGUCUCUCCCUCUCUCUCUCUCUGUCUCUCUCGCUCUCUCUCUGUCUCUCUCUCUCUCUCUCUGUCUCUCCCUCUCUCUCUCUCUCUGUCUCUCCCUCUCUCUCUCUCUCUCUCUCUCUCUCUGUCUCUCCCUCUCUCUCUCUCUCUCUCUCUGUCUCUGUCUCUCCCUCUCUGUCUCUCUCUCUCUCUCUCGCUCUCUCUCUCUCUCUCUCUGUCUCUCUCUCUCUCUCUCUCUCUCUGUCUCUCCCUCUCUCUCUCUCUCUCUCCGCAUGAUGGUGUUUUAGCUUCUCAGUACAGUCAUGAACUAAUAUUCACAUCCAUUAGCAGAUCUACAUUUUAAACAUGUAUAUCUGACAUUGUUGUGAAAAAGUCUGUUUGAAAAAAAACAACUACAAAUAAAAUGUUU